UUUGCAACACCGUAGCAAAAACUUGGAAGUAACAGAAAUUAAUGGGUAAGUAAAGUUGAUAUAUUUAUACCAGGAAAUACUACACAGCUGUCAAAAUGAAUGAGUAUGACUAAGAAUCAAUUUGAAUAGCUUACAAUAAUUUGAUAUUGAGUGGAAAAAAAACAUUGCAGAAUGCUGUAUGUAUGGUAUUAAACAAUGUAGGUAAUGUUUAAUCACAAACGGAACAGACAGAGUUAACCAUUCUUAAGCACCUACUGUGUGCCAGGUGCCUAAUUUAAUGCCCACAGGAACCCACUGAGCUAGUUACUAAUUAGGGUUUCUCCUCACAGAGUAGGAAACUGAGGCUCCGUGAGGCACAGCCCCACACAGGACCCCACAGCUGGAGGCCCCUCAGCCCCUCCAGGCCCCUCCCUGCCGGGCCGCCCUGGGACUUGGCUGCCCAGGCCCAGCCUUGAGGCCUGGGCCGGAAUCCUGAGCUGGCGCUGGGCAGGAGGCCGUGUAACUCCAGCCGCUGCUCCCGCCCCUGCCCGCCCCUCCUUCACCUCAGCCUCUGCUGAGCUGCCCACAAUGCCUCCCAUUCAGCCCUGUCCCCACUGCCAGGCCUGCAGGCGGGGAGGGGGCUCCUGCCAGCAUCCAGAAGGGACAGACGCAGCCUUUCCCCUGUGCUGCUGCUCUUCCAGGCUGGACUGCCCGGGAGACGGCAUGGAGGGUCCCCAAAGCAUCUCCUCGGUCCUGCUGCUUUUUCUGCUGCUGCCCCUGGGCCCAACUGGGCACACAGCCGCCCAGCGCUGCCCACAGACCUGCGUCUGUGACAACUCCAGGCGGCAUGUGGCCUGCCGGCACCAGAACCUCACUGAGGUGCCCAACGCCAUCCCUGAGCUGACCCAGCGGCUGGACCUCCAGGGCAACCUGCUGAAGGUGCUCGGCCCAGCCGCCUUCCAGGACCUGCCUUACCUGACCCACCUGGACCUGCGGCACUGCCAGGUGGAGCUGGUGGCCGAGGGUGCCUUCCGUGGCCUGGGCCGCCUGCUCUUCCUCAACCUGGCCUCCAACCGCCUGCGCGCACUGCCCCAGGAGGCGCUGGACGGGCUGGGCUCCCUGCGGCGGCUGGAGCUGGAGGGGAACCUGCUGGAGGAGCUGCGGCCCGGGACGUUCGGGGCGCUGGGCGCGCUGGUCACCCUCAACCUGGCACACAACGCCCUCGUCUACCUGCCCGCCAUGGCCUUCCAGGGGCUGCUGCGCGCCCGCGGGCUGCGGCUGGCCCACAACGCGCUCAGCGUGCUGGCCCCCGAGGCGCUGGCCGGCCUGCCCGCCCUGCGCAGGCUCAGCCUGCACCACAACGAGCUGCAGGCCCUGCCCGGCGCGGCUCUGUCCCAGGCCCGCGGCCUGGCGCGCCUCGAGCUGGGCCACAACCCCUUCACCUACGCGGGCGAGGAGGACGGGCUGGCCCUGCCCGGCCUGCGGGAGCUGGUGCUGGACCACGGCGCCCUGCAGGCCCUGGACCCCCGCGCCUUCGCCCACUGCCCGCGCCUGCACACCCUGGACCUCCGCGGGAACCAGCUGGACACGCUGCCGCCGCUGCAGGGCCCGGGCCAGCUGCGCCGGCUGAGGCUGCAGGGGAACCCGCUGUGGUGCGGCUGCCAGGCCCGGCCCCUGCUCGAGUGGCUGGCGCGGGCGCGCGUGCGCUCCGAUGGCGCGUGCCGGGGCCCCCGGCGCCUGCAGGGGGAGGCCCUGGACGCCCUGCGGCCCGCAGACCUGCGCUGCCCCGGGGACCCGGACGAGGACCCGGCCGAAAAAGAGGAGCCGGAAGCCGCGCGGCCCCGCGCCCCUCCCGGCCCCGUUUCUCCCGGGGCCUUCUCAGGCCUGGGGCCCCGGCUGCAGAGCCUGCACCUGCAGAAGAACCAGCUGCAGGCCCUGCCCGCCCUGCCCGGGCUCAGCCAGCUGGAGCUGGUCGACCUCAGCGGCAAUCCCUUCCGCUGCGACUGCCAGCUGCUCCCACUUCACAGGUGGCUCACUGGGCUGAACCUGCGCGUGGGGGCCACCUGUGCCGCCCCUCCCAGUGCCCGCGGCCAGAGGGUGAAGGCUGCAGUUGCUGUCUUUGAAGCCUGCCCGAGCUGGGCUUCCAGGAAGGCCAAGCGGAUGCCCAGUGCCCGGAGAACCCGCGUGAAGGGAAGACAGCGGGGAGCAGACAAGCUCCGCCGUCAGAAUCCGCCGUCGGGAGCUUUUGUGCCCACGGCACCUUUAUUCAAGAAGAAACUAAAGGCCAAAGUGCCAUACGAUUCCAGUUUCCCCAGAAGCCACAGGGAACACCUGGCCAUCUUCGUCCCUGGGGGUUGA